AUGUCCGCCGACGGCCAAUUUGACAGCGCCCUCGACCUCCUCCGCCGUCUCCCCCCUUCCAACACAUCCGCCAACCUCACCCGCAUCUGCGCCCUCGCACCAGACCUAACCGAAGAACUCCUUUCCAGCGUCGAUCAACCACUUGAAGUACGCCGCUGCAAGAAAACCGGCAGGGAUUAUCUGCUAUGUGACUAUAAUCGGGAUGGGGAUAGUUGGAGGAGUCCGUGGAGUAAUGAGUUUGAGCCUGCGAUUGAGGGGGAAGAGGAGGGGGCUAAGCCGAGUGAGAGGGUGAGAAAGUUGGAGGUGGGCAUGGGGGAGGCGGUGGAUGUUUAUCGAGAGUUAUACUACGAAGGUGGUGUGAGCAGUGUCUACUUCUGGGAUUUGGAUGAUGGGUUCGCUGGGGUGGUACUACUUAAGAAGACUACGCCGACGGGGAAGAGUGAGGGAGGCUGGGAUUCGAUACACGUCUUUGAGUCCAUCGAUCGUGCCCGCACGUCACACUACAAGCUUACGAGCACAGUCAUAUUACGCCUAAGUACGGGGAGUGAUGCACUGGGGGAUAUGGAUCUAAGCGGCAACAUGACAAGACAGAUCGAGCAAGACAUGCCAGUGACCGAUGACUCCAGCCAUAUUGUGAACGUGGGGAAGCUGGUGGAGGAUAUGGAAUUGAAGAUGAGGAAUCUGCUGCAGGAGGUCUAUUUCGGAAAAGCGAAAGAUGUUGUGGGAGACCUCCGAAGCAUACCACCUUUGACCGAGGCGAACAGGGAGAAGGCCACACAUCGAGAGAUGAUCAAUUCGAUGAAGCGGUGA